AUGGUGAGUCUCCUAUCCAAACCAAGCUUUUGUUAUCCAUCCAUAUCAUCUUCUUCCAUGAAAAAGAAGCCCAGACAUUAUGAACAGUUGAAGCAAAAACAAAUCCAAGACAACAACACCAAUGGAUUCACUUCCCUCUCUUUAACCAAACCAUCUCCCACUCCCAUCUUGGUCACAAAACACUCGAUUCAACGGACACCACUCGAAGCCUUAGACUCCGUCAUCACAGAACUCGAAACCUCUGCUCGAAAAGGCAUCAAAAUCACCGAACCAGAGAUCUUCGCUUCUCUCCUCGAGACAUGCUACACCUUGAGAUCCAUUAACCACGGCGUUAGAGUCCACCGCCUCAUACCUGCGUACCUCUUACGCAACAACCUCGGCGUUUCAUCAAAGCUCGUUAGAUUAUAUGCCUCCUGCGGCUACGCGGAGGUUGCACACGAGGUGUUCGAUCAAAUGUCUAAGAGAAAAUCAUCAGCUUUCGCUUGGAACUCUCUUAUCUCAGGCUACGCAGAAUCUAAUCAGUACGAAGACGCAAUGGCUAUCUACUUCCAGAUGGGUGAAGAUGGCGUUAAACCAGACCGGUUUACUUUCCCACGAGUCUUGAAAGCCUGUGGAGGAAUCGGUUCUAUUCAGAUUGGAGAAGCGAUUCACCGUGAUUUGGUUAAGGAAGGUUUUGGACAAGAUGUCUAUGUCUUCAAUGCUCUUGUUGAUAUGUAUGCUAAAUGCGGUGACAUUGUUAAAGCAAGGAAUGUUUUCGACAUGAUUCUUGACAAAGACUAUGUUUCUUGGAACUCAAUGUUGACUAGUUACCUUCAUCAUGGGUUGUUACAUGAGGCUAUGCACAUUUUUCGUUUGAUGGUUCGAAAUGGGGUUGAGCCUGAUAAGGUUGCUAUAUCUAGUGUUCUAUCUCGUGUUAUGUCUUUGAAACAUGGACGUCAGUUACAUGGAUGGGUGAUUAGACGAGGAAUGGAGUGUGAGUUAUCAGUUGCUAAUGCUUUGAUCGUUCUUUACUCCAAAAGAGGGCAACUAGACCAAGCCUGCUUCAUAUUUGAUCAGAUGUUCGAGAGAGAUAUUGUCUCUUGGAAUGCUAUUAUCUCUGCUCACUCUAAAGAUCCUAAUGGUUUGAAGUAUUUCGAGGAGAUGCAGCGUGCUAAUGUUAGACCUGAUGUUAUCACGUUUGUCUCGGUUCUAUCUCUCUGUGCUAAUACAGGAAUGGUGGAAGAUGGAGAGAGAAUAUUCUCUUUGAUGUCGAAAGAAUACGGGAUAGACCCGAGGAUGGAACACUAUGCUUGUAUGGUGAAUCUUUACGGAAGAGCAGGAAUGAUACAGGAGGCUUACUCAAUGAUUGUUCGAGAGAUGGAGUUUGAGGCUGGUCCAACUGUUUGGGGAGCUUUGUUAUACGCUUGUUACAUCCAUGGGAAUGCAGAUAUAGGGGAGGUUGCUGCGCAACGUCUUUUCGAGUUAGAACCUGAUAACGAACACAACUUCGAGCUGUUGAUGAGAAUUUAUAGCAAGGCAAAGAGGGUAGAAGAUGUUGAGAGAGUAAAGCAGAUGAUGGUAGAUCGAGGAUUGGAGACAUAG